AUGAAGUGUGGAAGGCCUCCCAAAUAUGUUGGUGAGCCAGUGGUGCUCUAUCAUCCAAUAUUUAGUGACUUCUUGCAAGAUUGUGAAAAGGAUGAUUAUGUUGACAAAACUCUUUGUGUAGAAACACUUAAGUUCCUUAACACAAUGUCUAAAUUCUACAAGAUAGAGCUUAUCAGGCAAUCAGCUAUUGCAGAUUUUUAUCAUUUUCUUUUUGGCAAAACCUUCAAUGAUGGUUCUCCUAAAAAUGAUGGCUACAUAAUGGGAACAAGUGUAAUUAAUGGAAUAAGUUUGGAAAUUCCUGUUAUUCUAAGAGACAUAAAAAAUGAAAUCUCACAAGGGAGUUGUGAUCCUGUUCUACAGUCAGCUAUUUGUUAUGAGAAAUUUUGGUGCGGGAACUGGAGUGGUAAACCUGAAGGAUACAAUCAAAUCAGAGAAAUGUCAGUUUGUCCUACCUUUCUGUUGUGUUCUGCUGGUAUUGUUUUGGCAGAUAAAAUUAAAGUUGAGACACUUACAGAUAUGCUCUAUCUUGUUCCUACAUUGGAUUCUAAUAAGCUUCUUCAUUUUGCCCACACAUUUUCUUCUCUUCGUCAUGCUUUAGAUUCACCAACCACUAGUCAUUAUUUUCCAUAUCAUAAUACAUUUAAUGGUAUAACAUUCACCUACAGUGCACAUAUAAGUCCAUUAGUGUUUUCAGCAAAUAGUACAAAUGAAAAUUAUAUUAUUAAGUAUACCCAGCAUUAUAAUGGGGAAGUCCAUAAACUCUGUGAAAAUCAUGGUGGCUCACCACAACUAUUUGAAGUCUGUAAAGGAAUUAUACAUGGUUGA